ACUUCUCCUGGUGACAGAACCCGGAAGUGGGCUCGUGUGUCUGGCGACUGUUGUUGACAUUUCUGCACACACCAUUGUUAUCAUGCGUACAAGCGCGCCGUGUGAAAUUUAAGAACGACUGUAGCGUUUUACCUCAUUGCACGCAUCCAUUUUAUCUUUAAUUAUUUUUUGGGGGUGUGGAGGGGUUGUUUCGCAACGCCGCUAAAUUCGACGUAGCUACGACGACCCUGAUACAAGUGGCUAUCACAGAGUAGCAGCAGGCCAAGUGAAGCAAAUUCACCAAAAAACAUGCCUUUGGAUUUCGUAGCCUGACGGUGUUGGGAGGAGAUUAAAUUAAGCAGAUGGCUGUUGAGCUGGAUGUGUUUGUGGGUAACACCACUAUCAUGGACGAGGAGGUUUAUCAGCUUUGGUUGGAUGGAUAUACAGUAAACGAUGCCGUGAAGGUCCGAAUGGAGGGCGGAGCGCUGGACGAGUGCGAGGCGAAUGCGGACGUGCUGUUGAGUGACACGAUGGACCAGUACAGAACUUUCCAGAUGUGUGAGCGCCUGUUGCACAGCCCAUCCAAACUGGCCAAUCAGCUGCUCUUCCAGAUCCCGCCACAUCGCCAAGCCAUGCUCAUUGAGAGAUACUAUGACUUUGAUGACGCGUUUGUGCGCGAAGUCCUGGGCAAGAAACUAUCAAAGGGAACCAAGAAAGACUUGGAUGACAUCAGCGCCAAGACAGGCGUGACUCUGAAAAGCUGCAGACGACAGUUUGACAACUUCAAGCGUGUUUUCAAAGUGGUGGAAGAGCUAAAGGGCCCUCUAGUGGAGAACAUACGUCAGCAUUUCCUUCUCUCUGACAAGCUUGGAAGGGAUUACGCAGCCAUUGUGUUCUUUGCCAACAAUCGCUUUGAGACGGGGAAAAGAAAGCUGCAGUAUCUCACGUUCCAGGAUUUUGCUUUCUGCGCCGGGCAGCUUAUCAACAACUGGACAGUUGGAGCUGUUGAUAACAUGGUGGAAGACAUGGAUGUGGAUCUUGACAAAGAAUUCCUCCAAGAACUGAAAGAACUGAAGAUUUUAAUCUCUGACAAAGAUCUGCUGGAUCAACACAAAAGUCUUGUCUGCACAGCCCUCAGGGGGAAAACAAAAGCUUUUCCUGAGAUGGAGACCAAUUUCAAGAAUCUUUCCAGAGGCCUUGUGAACAUCGCGGCCAAGUUAACCAACACCAAAGAUGUCCGUGAUUUCUUCAUCGACCUCGUGGAGAAGUUCAUCGAGCCGUGUCGCUCGGACCGAUGGACGGCGGCGGACAUGAGGCUCUACUUGACUCACUACAGCAACUCGGCGCAUAUACUAGACACCUUCAAACAUCAAGUUGUGUGGGACAGAUACAUGAACGUCAUCAAAAGCUGCAUCUUCAAAAUGUAUCACGACUGAGUGGCUUUUUUCCUCAACCACUCCAUUUCCCUCCGCUCCUGGCCCGAGCUGUUAUCUUAACCACCCUCCUACGUAUGGAAAGCCAUGUGAGCGUUUUUUCUAUAUCCUUGGCGCCCAACUGAAGGUUCAUAAACUAAUAUGCUCUUUUUACCCUCAGCGCAAAAAUUGUAGGGAUGGGCAAGUAGCGAUACCAGCCUUGUUUCAGGGUAUGGUACCUGCAAUUGUUUUAGAUCAGGACUUUAGAAAUGAGAAGAACAGAAAUCUGACAUCAAAGUAAUGUAAUUUCAAGAUUUUUUUUUUUUUUUUUUUUUACUGUUGGUCUGUAAAAUUAUUUGUCAUUGUUUGGGGGAAAUUUGAUGCAUCAAAAGUACUAGUGGUAUCGGUGCUCGGUAUCAGUAUUGGUGACAACUCAAGAUUUACGUGUGCUGGUAUCGUGGUGAAAAAAAAAGCGGUCCCUACUCUCUAGUAAUGUUUUUUUUUUGUCACUCAGAGUGACACAUCCACCAUGAGGUGAAUAUCAAGAGCAUGGCAUGAAUUCUCAAACGUGUUUCCUCACCCUUGUUUUCUGCCUCCCUCUCUGUUAACGUGACUUCAAGCCUCCAAACAGCUUCUCUCGCUGUCUCGCUUUGUAAAUAAAAGAGCGUAUUUACAUCAA